AUGUGCCCAUGUGAUGUAAAUUCCAACAAUAUUAUGACAGUUUGGACUAAUCUUUAUGAUAGACGGUCAAAAAAACUUUCUUUAGAAAAUCCUAAACCAAAUUUCAAUGUGGGUGAUUAUGUUCAAAUAACUAAAUAUAAACAUGUAUUCCAAAAAGGAUAUGAAUCAAAUUGGAGUGAUGAAAUAUUUAUUAUAUCUUCAAUAAUCACUUACAACCCCACCUCACAACAUAAAAUAGAUAAAAUAAUUGACACUCGUUAUUCAGGUAACAGAAAAGAAGUAUUAGUGAAGUGGAAAGGUUAUCCAGAUAAAUUUAACAGUUGGAUUUUAGCUUCUAGUUUAAAAGAAAUAUGA